AUGACACCGGAUGAGCAGACGAGCUUUGUACAGUUAUUUAUUGUUUCAGUCCUGGCUUUCAGCUCCAACCUUUUCUUCGCAAAACUUGGAUUUCAAAUUCAAACACAUCCGCCUCCAUCGCCAAUUCCAGCAGAAGAACGUGCUCUUUACUGGUUACUCAGACGGCACCAGGAAGCCCAGCGAGCUGCUUCGGCUGAAUCAGAGUGUCAAGUCCCUGGCGUUUCCGAUGAUCCGCCGAAAUACUGCACAGUCAUGCUACCUCCUAGUUACAGUUCGUUGAGUAUCAACAAGGUUCCCGAGUACUCUAGCACUUCGGAUACGCCUGGUACGCCUGUUUGA